AUGAAAUUCAUCGCAGCUGGAACGUUCUUUCUUCCUUUGGCGCUCGCCUCCAAAGGCAUCUUUGAUGGCGUGGACCCAUUAUGCGCCCCUUGUCUUAACGAGGCCAUCGCCGAUGGCCCUAGCAACGCGCAGUCAAAGGAAUUUGCCAAUUAUCUUUGCAUGGGUCAAGGCGGGUCCGCAGUAUCUCUCUGUAUAACUGAAUGUGGAAUAUCGACCUCCAGCGACAUAAUUGACACAUCAGCUGCUGAGGCCCGAGCUGAUGUUAUAAUUGAUAUAAUGUUCGACUAUUGUGUUCAGUACUAUCCGGAAGAGACGUGUGCGGUUUUCGAGGGUACAGAGUUUGCCCAAUUGCCACCAUGUCCCGAGAUUCGGAAUGGUGAGAAAAAUGGUGGAAAUGAUUCGAAUCGUUCCAGCUCGGAAAUUUCUACCACUGAGGCUCCAGCUUCAGAGACCACCGAGGAUCAGGCCCCUGACGCCACCGAGACCACUGACUCUGGCUACUCCCACGUCACCUACUCCGCUUCGGGCUCUGACAGCACCGGCGCCAGCCCUCAGCCUACCAGCUCACCAGGCUCUGACUCAUCAGAUUCUGGCAGCUCACACACUUCGGCCGGAGGUGUCCCAGCUGCCAUGGGUGCUUUUGCUUCCUGGGAGAUGUUAAUCGGGCUAGUCAUGUUGGCUGUAAAUAUCUAG